UUCCAUGUACCCGGUAUAACUUUCUCCGACUUUCUAGGACGUGUUUUAUGCCACUUCUUUUUCUGUCUCAUUUUGUCCGCCAAACUUUUAACGUUGUGCGUGAAUGCACAAAGGAAUAAAAGUAGUCUCCACAAGUCCGAUCUGUACGACAACAGAAAGCCACAAGGAUGAUCUCCUUUCUGGUUGUAGCCCUGCUGGCGUCCCCCGUGGCGCCCUCCGUGACCUCCGCCAGCGCACGACUGGAGGUGACCUCCGGACAUUCCCGGGUCUUCUCCGGUGAACAGGUCCAGCUCAGAUGCAGCAUCACCGACAGCCACAAUUCCACCUGGGACUACUUGUGGUUCAAGGACUCCAAGCAGCUCCCGCAAAAUAGCGAGACGCUGACGCUGAGGCUGAGAGGCAGCAUUGCUGGGAGUGGAGCGCUUCAAUGCCAAGGCGUCAGGGACACGGCGGUGGGAAACAUUUUCACCGUCAAAAGCCCGCCCGUGGACAUCAAUGUGGACGGAGGUUGGGCCAUUCUCGAGGCCCCCCUGCAUCCCGUCCUCGUCGGAGAAACCUUGAACGUGACGUGCCGCGUCCGGGACAGCCCGCGACUCCACGAGGUGAUUUUGUACAAAGAUGGCGUCGCGGUCGUGACCCAGAGUGACUUCAGCCCGCGUUUGUACCUGCCCCGCUUGAACCCGGAGGACCAGGGACUGUACUCCUGCAGGGCGUCGUGGGACAACCACGGACGGACCUAUUCUGUGAUUUCAGCCGGCGUUCAAGUUCAGGUCUUGGAGCUUCUGACACAACCAGUUUUGGAGGUGGUUGCAGACAACGACUUGCUUCAGGUAGACCUCAUGAAGCUGGUCUGCCGUGUCCAGUACAACGCCCGCGCUCCGGCUCCGCCCAUCAACUACUACUUCUACAAGAACAACAAGCGAGUGGGGACGGCCACCUCGGAGAACUUUAACCUGGUCAAACGGACCCCCGGUCUGUACAGCUGCAAGGCUAAGGUGCCGCAUUUGGGUGUGUCCAAGUUGAGCGAGGAGGAAACAUUUGAAGAGUGACCCUAAACAAAAAGGAGGUCCAGGAUCCCCGCUGACUCCUACAGGACCCGGUGCCCCGUGCUUGCCGUUCAUUCCAGGGAUUCCCAUUGCUCCUGGGAUUCCCGGAGACCCUGUGUCUCCUUGAUCACCUUUCGGCCCCCUCUCCCCGAAUGUGCCACAUUCCCCCCUAUCCCCUUUAUCUCCUUUAAGACCCAGCCCCAGAGUCACUCCUGGGGGUCCAGCUGGCCCCUCUUUUCCCGGUUCUCCUUUCCCACCAGCAGUCCCGUUAUGACCAGCGUCGCCUUUCUGCCCGGCAACACCUUUAACUCCUUGUGUCCCCUUCUCACCUUUCUCUCCUUUUGGGGCAGCAUCACCUGCACAGGAAAAGUCCCAUGGAGAUGAUGAAUCUCUUUUUCAAGGGUGUCCUGCACAUCCAUACACCAGUCUAAGUGCCACUGGGAGCAAGGUGGGUAAAGGGUCUUCCCCGAGACACGACGGCCGUGAUUAGGAUGGCGGAAGCUGGGAUCGAACCUGCAACUUUCAAGUUGCUGGCACGGCCGCUCUACCAUCCAAGCCACGCCGAUCCCACAUUGAAGCUUAUGGCACAAAAACAAAAAAUGGACAACUAUGUACCUUUCUGCCCUGGUUUCCCGUGAGCUCCAGGGUGUCCUCCUGGGCCGGUGUUCCCCCGGUCACCCUUAUCCCCUAGUGGAUCGAAGUAUAUAGCAUGAAUGAAGUGUAUUGCAAGGCUCUUUUGAAUAAAGUUA